AUGAAUUACCCCAUUCCCGUCAUCCGUCUGCCCUUCCCUGGCCAAAGAACGGCCUAUAUAUGGAUGGCUGCCCUCGCCCCUUUCGGUGGAGAAUUCCAACCCGGUCUCUACAGACCCACCACUGAGCGUAAAUUCGCCAACCCAGCUCCCCUCGGUCUGAGUGCCUUUGCUCUCACCACCUUCGUCCUGUCCCUGAUCAACAUCCAAAAUCGGGGUGUCGUACAGCCUAAUAUCGUUGUAUCACUAGCUUUCGGAUAUGGAGGACUCGUUCAACUGCUCGCUGGCAUGUGGGAAAUGGCCGUAGGAAACACCUUCGGUGCCACAGCUCUCUCCUCCUACGGAGGCUUCUGGAUCUCCAUCGGCAUCGUGCUCACCCCCGGCGGCUUCGACAUCGUAGCCGCAUACACGACGACCACCUCGCACGUCAACGACUUCAACAACGCCUUCGGCUUCUUCCUCGCCGGCUGGUUCAUCUUCACGACCAUCCUGCUGCUCUGCACUCUGCGCUCCACCGUCGCCUUUUUCAUGCUCUUCUUUACGCUUGACCUCGCUUUCCUCUUUCUGUCCGUCGGCCACCUGAAGGCCGAUGCCAAGGGAAAUACCAACGUGAGCUUGAUCAAGGCUGGUGGAUAUUUUGGGCUGUUCGCUGCGUUUUUGGCGUGGUAUAAUGCGCUGGCUGGUAUUGCGGAUGAUAGCAACUCCUUCUUCGUCAUCCCCGUCGCGCACUUCCCAUGGUCCGUCAAGGGCCGCGAGCGGAGAGCCGUCGGCAAGACUGAGCGUGAGACUGUCUAAGUCCCCUCUGUACUUCAAAUGUUUGCUUUGCUACUGAAUUGAAUUGGAGGGAUUGGAUUGGG